GAACCUGUACUGUUACUACAACACAAGGAGACAGGAAUCGGCCACAGAUAAAUAACGAUGAUAAUAAUAUUGGUAAUAAUAAGUUGAGCUCGCUGUGGUCAGGCAGUCGCGGUCCUGGAGGACAGAGAGUAUCAGUCUCUCUUUAUCUCUGCUGGAUCUGGACUCUAUAUUUGCUUUUGGAGGAACUGCGCCGGUCCCUGCUCUUCUGUGUGAGUGUGUGUGUGAGUGUGUGUGAGUGUGAGUGUGAAGGUGAGUGUGAGUGUGUGUGUGUGUGUGUGUGUGAGUGUGAGUGUGUGAGGGAGAAGGUCCUCAGAGCUCCGCGGUGUUUUAACCGGUGGAUGAUAUACAUGCAGGCUGCACUACAGAGAGCUCACUGUUACAUGACCUGAAAGCUGCUGAUACACAAAAAAACUGAGGAUGAAGGAGAGACGCCAGUGACAUGAAUAAUAGAAGUUUGGUGAAUUAGCUGCGCUGACACAGAAACCUCUCGAAACUUCCUGCCACUGACAUAAUGAUGACCUGAAACUGAGGGGGAGAACUUUCACUUCAUUCUGAGAAAGAAAAUCUCAGGUUUCCAUUUUGUUCUAGGCCUCUGUUCGCCUGAAAAUAGGUUCAACAUCUUUGUAAAUGUUCAAUGACAGUGCUCGUUGAAGAUGGAUUGAUGGUGUGGCACUGGAGGGAGUGCUGAAUGAGCUGCUGCGUUAGCGGUUGGAUUUCCGAAUGACUGGAGGCAGAUAGCAUUUUAACUGAUCAACCAGGGCGCUCUAGACACCCCUAGAUGUCCAACUGCAGAUAGCAGAGUUUUCAAGUUUUUUUCAGCUUGUGAGAGGCCAGAAAGAUAUAGCAGAUUAGUACCAUGAAUACUAGAGACAAUAUGGAGGUGAUGGAGACCCAGGCUGGAGGUCAAAAGGAAAAGCUCUUGAGAGACAAGGCCAAUCCUGUGAAUGAGAUUGAGGGUGAGGAUGACAAAAUCCCUGGGAGUUUCGACUGCACUGUCUGCGGACGCAGCUUCCCCUUCCUCAGCUCUUUGUCGCAGCAUAUGAGACGCCACACUGGUGCACGUCCUUACAAAUGCCCCUACUGUGACCACAGGGCCUCUCAGAAAGGCAACCUCAAAGUUCACAUUCGCAGCCAUAAACUGGGCACGCUCUCUAGCCAUCACUCCAAUGAGGAUGAAGAAGGCGGGGCUGAGGAGGAGGAGAUGAGUGUGUCUGAGGGUCUCGAUGGAGGUACGAGUCCAACUAAAAGUAGCUCUGCCUGCAACCGGAUGAUCAAUGGGGAUAGCGUUGAGGAGAGCCGGAGGAAAGUGCCUGCAAGGAGCAUGAAAAGAGAGAAGUCUGUUACUGACCAGCGGCCUUACUGUUGCCGUCUCUGCGGCUAUGAGGCCCAGCGAGAAGAUCAGCUCCUCAGCCACAUUGAAAAGGUCCACAUUACUGCAGACGCAGAAGAAGAGACUGCUGUUAAGGAAGAGGCUGUGACUGAACCUGAUGCCAACCCAGCCCAGGCUGAUGGGUCCUUCCCCUGUGAGACCUGUGGCCAAAUCUUCAGCCAAGCCUGGUUUCUGAAGUCGCACAUGAAGAAACACGCAGGGGUCCUGGACCACUGCUGUCGUAUUUGUGGACGACGGUUCCGCGAAGCUUGGUUUCUCAAAUCUCACAUGAAAACACACAACACCAAAUCUAGGUCACGGUCAAAAGCAGAAUCAGCUGAGCAUCCGGCCACCAUCAACGAUGUAGCCCAGGAUCCUGAUAUUGUUUCUGGCUCUGUAACAUCCAUCUAUCAAAUGUGCUCUAAAUGUGGGAACCUGUUUCACACCAAAGAGAGCCUGAGAGUCCAUGAAAAGGUUCAUGGUGUCAACUGUGGCAGGAAAUCCCAGAGCCAAUGCAGAGCCAGUGAUGAUGAGGACUCACCAGCUGCUAAAAGACGUUUUCUUGACUAUUUAAACAUCCGACCUGUUGAGGAAAAGACCCUGGACAAAGACAAGGAAGGGGAGACAAUUCUGGGGCAAAGGAUUCUUGAGCUAGAUCCAGUUUGCAGCUACCAGGCCUGGCAAUUAGCCACUAAAGGAAGAGUUGUGGAGCCAGUGGAGCCUAGUUUCAAGGCCUCCUAUGGGGGAGGAGGUAUGGGGGAGGAUGCCCUUGCUGGAGCCGCUGUGGUCUUUGAGAAGGCGAGCCGUCGUUAUGUCCUUCAAGGUCAGGAGAAGCGCAGCUCAGGCAGACGCAGCAGCUCUGGGUUGGGAAGUCAUGGCUCUUCAGGGGACCGGACGCCAGAGAACCUCAGCGACUCCGAGUACCGGCCAUCGUCUCGCCAUGACCGACGACGGUCAUCCCAGUCGCAGUCUUCCUCCAAGUACAACGAGUGCUUUGAGUGCGGGAAGGUGUUUCGCAGUCGUCACCAGAUGAUGGUCCACCAGCGGGUCCACAGGAAGGACGGAGGCAGGGCGUCCGCAGGGGACAAGGAAAGAACCGCAAGGGAUGACCGAUGGGGCUCCACCAGUGAUCCAGAGUCAGGCUCCCCCAGUCGGCCCUGCACCCCAGGGUACGGAGACUCUCCACCGGCCUCUACCCUGGGAGAUCAGGCCUCAGAGAUGGGUAGUGCAAACUCUGGAGGGCUUUCAGAUGAGAAGCCUUACAUCUGCAGCCUGUGUGACUUUGUUACCUCCGAGUCGCAGGCUUAUCUGACUCAUGUUCGUGUCAAACACCCGCCCGCCCCUGAAGACAGACCCAGCCCCAGCCCCAGCCCCAGCCCCAGCCCCAGCUCUAGCUCGGACAGAGGCACACCCAGCAGUUAUCCCAAGCUGAAGAAAGCUCUUCUCCAGGGGCUGAAAAGCUCAGCAUCCCCUUCGGCUUACCUCUGCGCUCGAUCGUCCCCGCUGGACCCCAGCAUGACCCCUGUGGAUCUGUGUGUGAGGGCUGAUGGCACGAGGGGGAUAGCCUCCCUCACCUUGGACAGGAAGAGCCUCCCUAGCCACAAGUGCUCCUUCUGCUCCCACUCCACCCGCUAUCCUGAGGUGCUCUGGAUGCACCAGACUGUGGCUCACCGCAUCAACAGCAGUAGCUCCAAUCUGGCUCCUACAUGGGCCUUUAAGAACAACUCAAAGGGCUCCAGGGACGGCUCGUUAUCCUCCAGGAGGCGCACCGGUCCCCCGCCAGUCCUGGAGGGAAAAGAGUGUCCACCACUGCCUCCACUGAUCCGCACCCAACGUACCCAGCCCCCAACCUACUCCAGUGAAGUGCAGAAGAAGAACAAGCCAGCCAGUCAAGCAGCCACGCCAUCAUCAUCAUCAUCAUCAUCAUCAUUAUCAACAUCAUCAUCAUCAUCAUCAUCAUCAUCAUCCUGUACCCCCUCCUCGUCGUUCUCCAGGGGUUCCUCCUCCUCCUCGGGCACCCAUGCGGUGAGAGUCCCUGUACAGCCAGGCGGCAGCGCCAGCAGCAGCAUCAGGCACACUGAGGACCAGAGUUAUCCAUCUCGCUUCAGACCCAAAGUGGAUAUUUACCCAAGGGGAAGUUCGCUGUCAUCCUCAGGCUCCACAGAGAAGAGCAGUAGCUCCCUCUCACAUUCCUCAGCACCGAGCCCCAGCUCUGCCACAGUUUCCAGGAUGGCCGACCGCUACUUAAUGCCUCAAGAGGGCCUCGGUUUCAUGCUGUCCAGCAAACACGGCCUUGCUGAGUACAGCCGGGCUAGGGGCUCGCCUCAUCAGCCGCAUCCCAACUCCCACAGCCAGGGCCGGGCUAACGCCACAAGGCCCAGCGCCAUCACCCAUAGCUCCGCAGCGGGACACAACUACGGAGCCCCCCAGGCACACAGAAGCACGCUGCAUAAUUCCGCCCCCUCCUCUACUUCUACUUCAUUGCCUUUGGAGUCUCGUGCAGAUGUGAAGCAGGAGCCAAUCGCUGAGACACCGGAGAUGCCAAAUGACGUCCUCAGCUUCCUCAAAAACUACAGCCCCCACGAUCUGGCCACUUUAUACCACCGCUGGGGUGCAGCCAACGCCAUGUUGGAUCCCACUGGGAUGCUGAGGUCUCUCAUGCGACAGGGGCAGUAUAUCUGUAACGAGUGCGGGAAGAGCUUCAGUCAGCCGAGCCACCUGCGCACGCACGUGAGAUCCCAUACAGGGGAGAGGCCAUUCUGCUGCCAGCUCUGCCCAUACCGAGCAUCUCAGAAAGGGAACCUAAAGACGCACGUCCAGAGUGUCCACCAUAUGCCUUUCGACAACAGCCUGUGCCCAGACACACGGAGCUUGCCACUGAGCCGGGAGGAGCAAGGAGCGCUGGCUGCCGAACACCCACCAACGCCACAACAACAACAAUAACAAUCUCCUCUGGAUGUACUGUGAUCUGGUUUUGGGGGCCAGACUAGUCAGGGAAUCAAACAACUCCAAAACACAGCCACCACUCAUAGAUAUCUUCAAAUAGAACCCGAGACACAUGAUUGACUUUUUGAGCCUCUCCUCUCCGCUGAGUAUCCUGCGAGAAGAAAUGUAUAAAAUGAAGGUUCUUGUAAUUUUUUUUGAAGUACUUUUGUUUUUGUUAAGAAGCUAGUUAAAGCUGUGCUAGGCAGUUGUAAAAGCAGAAAAUAUAGGGCCACAGAAGAAGGAGAGAAUAGACAGAAAGGAAAGGUGGACUCGCCAACGUUUGCUCUUUUUUAGUGUGAAGUUUGGCAAAAUAAGGAAAGUUGUGUUAAGUUUACAUCAACAUAAAAGGACGACGGAACAUAGAGGUCCUCAGAACUGAAAUUCUUACCUCUUGCUGCCAUUUUGGAGGCACCACCAUCUGCUUCGCGCAGCUCGACAAGAGGCAACAAUAUUUAUGAAAAGAAGAAAAGAUUUUAGUAGAGGACUGUGGCAUUGCAUGGCUGCUGUAGUCGACCCCUUCCCGCAUUGUAUUUUUGCGUUAUUGUAUGCGUUUGUGCGUUCCUCAGGACACCAAUCAUCCAGGAAAUGACACGAGAGAGGAGAGGAUGCUCUGCCCUUCAUCAACAGUCAACUGACACAUUGCGAGCUCGUCUCAUCUGGGCUCUAAGUCAUGAAGAUGGCGACUUCUAUGUGUGUGUGGUUGUGUGUGUGUGUGUGUGUGUCUGCGUGUUCAACUCACUUCCUUCCACUCCAGAGUGCAGUGACCACUCUGAGGCUGCACAGCUGAUGAUUAGAGAGAGAGCGAGACUGAGUUGGAGAGAGGUAGGAUUACAGAGAGAGAGAGAGAGAGAGAGAGAGAGAACGCUAAUGGGGGUGUCUGCUUUAGUGCUCAUUAAAAAGAGUGUGCGUUUUUAAUAGCCAAUAUAAAUGAGCGUACCACUUUUAUGGUCAUUCAAUUAUUGUCCAUUUAAGAGGAAAGAACUGAGUGGAGGCAGUUUUCCUCCAUAGCUCCAUCAUGUUGGGGAGUGUCUGACUUUGAAUUAGACUCCACAACAGAGGGAGUGGCAGGAACUCGUAAGUGGAGCGGACAGAUCAAGCUCCAGCUUAUGUCCCGUACAUGCAAAGGACAACAUGGUACUGCUAGUGUUCGAAAAGAGGCGUCUUAAUAUUCCACAUCAUUAAAGGGCAACUCUCACCUUCUGGCUUGUUCAUCCUUAGCUACAUUCAGUAUGCGAUGAAAUCUUUGGUACCAAAAUCCUGUUAGUCUUUUUGUUAGAAAGCAGUUUUGGGUCCCGUAACAGGGUCGCAUUGUAAUCUGAGGGGGUCACAAGAUAGUAACUGGGAUAGGAAAAAUUCAAAACUUUUUUUUUUUUAAUUGUAAAAUAUCUAAUAACAUUUUCAAAGGAGAUUUUCGAAAGGGAAAACUACGGAGCCCCGAAAGUCCCGACUGGUGAUACUUUUCAAGUUAAUAUCUGCACAGUAAAGACAUUAAUUGGUUAUGCUUUAGGAACCACUGGGGUAAAUUGCUUUUAUUGCUUUUUAAAAUUUGUUCUUUUUCAUUCUCAAAUAAUUGUGAAACAUUGCAGCUUCAUUUGCUUAAUUUGGACAGUUACAAAUAAAAAUAAAAUUCUAAAUAAAACUUGAGUAGCUGAGUUCUCUGUAUCAAUGUGCAUUAUUCCCAAACUGUCCAUCUAUUACUUUAAAACCGGCAGAUUUAACAAAAACAGACAUAUCGUACAACAUGUACAUCUGACAUAACAAAUAACCCGAGAUUCAGAGCUGAUUUUGUCAAUAAAACAUUUAAGACAGAUGCCACGAAUCUCACACUUUGUCUAUACUAAUGCAGAUAUUUUUGCGAAAAAAAUCUUCUCUGGUAUUUGACAGGUCGUUAACAUCGACUCUUUUGCCCCCUAUUGACCUGGCAUGCUUGUUUGAGUGUUUGUAAAUAUCCGCAGUGAUGUAGACAAGGCCUAAAUUUCUUGAGUUGAGAUGAGAAGAUUUGCAUUUUAGAAAGACAGAAAUGAAAAGGUAAUAGAGAGAGAGAGAGAAAAAGAGAGAUAGAGAGAGAGAGCAGCCAGAGGUCAGGAGGUCAGGCUUCCAGAGAGUUCAGGGAUAAAUACACAAGUUGGACACAUUUUGAGGCCUAUUAAACUGUAGCGCCGUCACAGCCUUAACACAGGUGUGUGUGUGUGUGUGAGAGAGUGAGUGUGCAUCGAUGCAUGUGUAGGUGCAUUCUUUUCAAACCUCUCCAUACUGUGUGAGGGGUUCACUCGCUCCUGUGUACUCCAGCCUCCCUCUAGAUGCUUUUGUGCACCAGCCUACCUCCUCUGCAAUGAAAGCCUGUUUUAAGUUUUUGUCGGCUGGUUGUAAAGGUAUAGAACUGCUCUUUGCGAGGAUGAAAUGUUCUUUUCUUUGGUGUCCCGUGCUUAGUUUUCCUCCCCUCAGCGGUCUGCAGAGAUUGAAUAAGCCAUGCCUCGACACGCUGGGGGAAAAGAAGAAGAAGUAGAAGAAGAAAAAGCAAGGUAGUUCAAAGUAGCUUCGACUCGAAAAAGCAAGAGUAGAACUGUCGAUUUGCGGAGACCUUUUUUUUCUGUACACGUAAAAAAAAAUCAAAAUUUACACCAGUUGAAGUCUACGGAGCAAACAGAGUACUGUACAUCCCAUCUAUUUUGAGACCUCAGACGUUUUUACAGGAUGACAGCAUGGUUGCUAUACCAGAGGGUUGUUUAGAUAUGCAUACAAUAUCGUGUGCUUGAUUAUGCCUAAUAAUACACAUACAGUGUGUAUAUUGAAGGUGUGGGUAGUGAAAAUACUUGAAAUGGAUACUCUAACCUUUGUGGUAGUGUACUACUAAUACCAAUGUACAGAAUUCCCUUUAAGAUUAACUCCUCAGUUAUGAAUUUGUACUCCGAAGUGUGACUUAGAAAAACUAUGAAGUGGGAGUGAGUGUAUGUAAUAUAAGCUGUAUAUCUGUAAUCCACUUUUACCAAACCCUUUAUAUACAGCAGUAGAAACCAAAUGGCAUUACUAGUGCACUUAGACUAGGUUACUGCUUUAACUGUUCUCAUUUUGUCCAGUUCUAGCCACAAGGUUUCUUUGAGAAUGUCUCUUUAAUUGUGCCGGCUAACACACUGCAAAGUCAUUUCUGUUCUAGGGGCUUGAGGGCGAUUCCCGUUGGUUUUAACGGCGAAUGAUUUGUUCCGUGACGGCGGUGCGGCGCAGCUUUUUAGCUAAGUCUCCUCAUGGGAAGUAAGAUAAUGCUAGGUGCAUCAGGCAGUGCUUAUUUUUUCAGAAAGAUGUAAGAGUGUGUUUUUAGUCUUUCUCUUUGCUAAACUGUAGGAUUUGUUCAGUAGCUAGUCAUGGCUGCCCUCCCAGGCACUGGCAGGUGUUGUUCUUUUUCUUUUGGUUGUUUUUUUUUUGUCAUGCCUCUUCAGUUGUUUUAUUUGUGUCCUUGUUGCUUUUUUUAUUUGUGAUGAACUUCAUGAGUAAUUUACCUUAGAAGACAUUAUUAUUAUUCCAAAUGUAUUUGGUUGAUAUCUGUAUUUAUUAUCACUUCAAAAAGGAUAAGAGGACAGAGGUAGACAGGAGUGUUUGUUUUCAUUUGAUUUUUCUGGGGUUUUUUUGUUGUUGUUUUAUAACGUGUUGUUUUCAAGCCAGCAAGCCGAUGUGAAAGCUCUACCUCGUCUGAGCCAUUCUCAGUUCUGUUACACUUUUGUACAUCAUUUCAAAAAGAUGUAAUGUCAUGUCCACAAUAAAGACACAGAAAAUGCCA